CGGGGGGGAGGGGGCCAUGGCCGUGCAGCAGCUCCGAGCAUGUCUGAGCUCGCAGCUCUGUGAUUUGGUCUGAGGUCGAUUGUUUGGAGGUCAAGCUGACGAGGGAAGGUAGUGUUGUGAGACUGCGAGUCAGGGAGAGACCUACAAAAGGAAACAGAUACUUAGUCGAAGAGGAGAAGGGGUGUAGAGAAAGGAAAUGGCGGCGGUUGAGUUGGAAGCAACUGAAGAAUGGAUCAGAGACAAGGCCCAACUGAACAACCAAAGACUGGAUGAAGUGGAGUUUCUCUCAUUGCAGGGAACCUACAGUGACAAAAUUGUCUCUCUUGGAGAUGCUUUUCUGAACUUCAAGAGACUCAAAUCGCUGGAUUUGUCUAGAAAUUCCAUUGUUAGCCUGGGGGGUUUGGAGAAUUUGCAUUUGUUGGAAAAGUUAAAUUUGUAUUAUAAUAAUGUGCCAUCUUCAAAGGAGAUUUCCAGCUUGCGUCAUUUAACCAAUUUAAAAGAACUUGACUUGCGCCUGAAUCCAGUUACUAGGAAUGAGGAGAACUACAGACUGUACGUAAUACAUCUACUACCAAAUUUGAAGAAGCUGGAUGACAGACCUGUGCGGGACAGUGAACGCAAAGCUGCCCAAAAUCACUUUGUUUCAAGGGAGCACAAAGAGGAAGCAGACCUUGAUAGAGAAGAAGAGAGGAACUAUGUAAAGAAGAACUUUGCAUAUGAAAAAGAUGAGCAAAAUUCUGUACAUUCAUCAGUUAACCACAAGUGGGAUAGUGCGUCAGAUCUUAAAACUGAUUUGAAGGAACGAUGGACACCACAUGACUUGCAGCUGAUGAGUGAUCAUCAAGAAUCUUUUAGUAGUCGGCCUCCAUUAUCAUCUGUGUAUUCUGGCAGAGACCUGAGGGAAGUAAGAGAAAAUGAUACAUUGAACAAAGGGAUUGAACCUUCAAGAAGUGGACAAUAUCACAGUUAUCUCGAAGAAGAUGAUAAUAAAACCUAUCACUCACCAUCUCGCUCCUCUCUACGUUCUGUUGGGAAAAGUGUUUGUAAUCGAUCCAGGGAAGGAUUCAGAGUAACAUUUUCAGAUAAAAUUCUGGAUUCUAGCACUGAUGGAAACAAUAUCCAGAAAAAUUUCAUGAAUUCAGAUUUGCAGUAUGACCUUGUGUGUAAUAAGAAGGAAAGCUUGCUUCAGACCAGAGAAAGAAAUCUUACAAAAUACACAGAUACUUCUAUGAAAGAUUCUUCAGCAAACAGUGACAUAAACAGUAUAAUAUCACAUGAUUAUCACAAGCAAUUAAACACAGAUAUGAAAGUGAAUCAAUCUACGCUGGAGCCUCCGAAUUCUUAUUUAAACCGUCAGACAGAUAAAGCAAGCAUUGGAACCCACAAUGACAGAUUGUUUAAAAUUAAUUCAGACUUGAAAACAAGUAGCACAUAUGGAAUCAGAAAAAAUACCUAUGUAGAUGAUGGUGCUAGCAGCCAGAGAUCAAAAAUGACUUCUAGCAGCUUAAUACCUCGUCAUGGAACUUCAUCAUCUGACCACUUACUUGAUCGGCAAAGUUUGGUUUCACCCGCCAGUUCUUUCACAUCCCUUUAUUCCAAUAGUUCAAAGAGAGGUUUUAUUGACCAUAUGAGUGCAGAAUUUACAACCAACAAGAACUUGGAGAGACAAUCACAACUAACUACAGCGAAUGUAGAAAACUUUGAGUCUAAGUUAGAACCGAAGAAAACAAGCAGUUUAAGCUCACUAUCGUGCAUACAACCAAGUUACGAUAGGAAGCAAACAACGCUGAAUAAAUUGCAUGAAGUAGAGGAAUGUGGAGAUUAUCGUCCUCGAACGCCAGUUGGGCUCAAUUGUAAUUUCUCUGCGAGUAUUUCCUCCCUCUUGCUGAAUCUACUUGAUCUAGUAGAUCAACAUUGGAAUGGUUCGAGAUCCCUUCAGUCAAACCAAAGAUUUCUUACUCCAGCUCAUGAACUACUGUCCAAUUUGGUUAACUCAGUGUCCAUACCAAAAAUUCAAAGCCUAGAAAAAAAGGUUAAAGCAUUGACUGAAGAAAACAAAUCUUUGCUAACCAGAACAGGUUUUGGCCUGGACACUGCAGAAUUACAGCGUGUAAAGCAUCAAUUAACUCAGAAACAAGAUGAUCUGGAAGGUUUAAGAGGAAGGCUAGCAAAAGUUUUGGAUGAAAAUAACAAGCUGCGUUCUCAACUAACAAGUUUGGAACUAGCUAAUUGUGCUGGAAAUCACCUACAGAACAAGGACUUGCAGAAAGAUAACGAAAGACUAAAUUUGGAGGUUGAAUACCUAAAUCAGCAAAUAAAGCAAUACAGUAAAUUACAAGAAACUGUCACCAUGUUACAGGAGAGUCACAGAUCUCUAGUAUCUACCAAUAAUUAUCUACAGCAGCAGCUGAACAUAACUAGUGCUGGCCAAAACAAUGAUGCACCAUAUCAUCAUAAUUCUCAUCGGACGAAAGCAUGGAGUAAACUCCCACCUUCAGAAAUCACAGAAUUGCCCUUAUCAUCUAAGCGUAGCUAUCACAGUACCUCAGAUAUACUGUAAUAAAACUGCUGUAUAAUACAGUAACUAAACGCAAAAUGCCUAAUUCUAAUUAAAUUAGUGUUUGUCAGAAAUUGUAUUUGAGCUAAUCUUGUGUUUUUUUUAAUCUAUGAAGUGUCUCAUUUCAACAGAAUUUGGAAUUAAACUGUAAAAUAAAUAUGCUAUGUUAAUAAAUAGUCUAGGCUACUUUGAAAUAAACAUGUACAGUUAUGCUAUAUGUGUAAUGUAUUGUUAUUGUGACAUUAUUAGAAUUUAUGCAUUUAGAUUGUGGACUAUACAUGUUCAAAACCUCAAUACAACGUAGCAAUAUUUAAUCCCCAGUGAUGAGUGGCUUUCUUGUGAAGUAAUCCUAAUAUUUCAGCUGAAUUUGUUUGUGCUAUUUUGUAACAAUUUUCAGUUACAUAGUAGUGUUUUAACUUACAGUGAAGUAUGGAUCAAUGUAUUACUUCUGCAAAGUAUAGGAUUAAUUUGCACAUUUGAUGGAAUGUCAUUGGUGCUUUACAUUAAUUGUUAUCCACACAUUUGGUCAACAAUGUGUGUGGAUUUAAAGACUAAUAUUAUCAGUGGAACCUUUAGAAGCGACAGCACCUCAUUGUGAAAAUCACAGCAAUUAUUGAGUGAAACAAGCACGCAGUGCUGGAAUUACAGGGUUGAAUAGGCAAUAUCUGUAGCAAGAGGAGGAGGGUGAGUGAUCUGAUGCAUUAACCCUAACUUCUUCAUUACAGAUAAUUAUUGUAGAUUUCCAGCAUCCUCAGUGUUUUGCUCUUUGAAAUCUUGGCUUGCCUGCCUUUUUGGAAGUGUUAAUUAUGUUCAGACGUCCUGACACCUAUAUAUUUCAUAUAUCUAAGAUGAUAAUGGGAUGUUUGGAACACUAAAUGCAAUUCAUCAUCAUGUUUAAUUUAUUAAUCUAGUUUAUGAAAUAGUUCUGGUUGCAAGACUCUUGCAAAAAACAAUAAGCUUUUAUCCUUUAUGUACAUUUACAUUCCUUUCCACUUCAUUUCAAUAGCAUAUUAAUCAAUAUUUUAUUAUGAAUAUUAUGAUUAUGUGAGUCUAAUCUCAGCUUUUGCAUCAAAUUCUUGUGUUAUUUCAGUUGUUCAUGGAUCAAUGACCAUUCUGCUUUUAGUAGAGUUGUUUGUGCUAGUCUUCAUAAAACAAAUUUGUUACAAUUUGUUUCUUGAUUUUAGUGCUAACUAGAUUGCUUAAAAUAUUUUAAGUUAAUUCUGUUUUGAUUAUCCAGUUACAUUUUUCAUAUCACCUUGAAAAUUAGAAGCAUGUCUGUAUAAUACUUGUACAAGAAAAUGAUCAUCAAAUGAAUCAGAAUAAGCUUUGCGUUAGUUUCAAGAUACAUCUAAUUUUUUUUCUCUCUCCUGUUUAUUUUAGUUUGUAGUAUUAUAGAGAUCACAUGUUUUUGUCUUAUAGGUAUAUUUUUGCAUUCAUUAUUCCAAGAUUGAUUAGCUCUGAGAAAAGGUCAUGUAAGUAUCAAGCACUCAAGUUUGGUGGAUCAUGCUUGAGUUGUAGAAUAAUGAGCCCCUUUUUAAGAAUGAAGAAUGUGCCCCAGCCUCAAAAAAAGCUAAUUUAGAUGCAACAGUUGUUUUUUUCCAUAUCAUCUAUUUUGUUUCCUGAUGUAAAAGUUUUGCUGUAAAGGUGUUUUUUUAGCUCUGUACUGAAGUACUUCUGAGCCAAAAUGGUAGAGAUUUUUUAUCACUCAAAUUCAUUUUUACAUUUGAUCAUUUCUCCUAUUUAUAGUUUGAUCAUAUGAAAAUAUUUGCGAUAU